ACACACCAUCCCAUGACCACUACUAUAGAAACGGUCAGAUCCGCCAUAGAAGAGGUUGAAGAGAUUGAAAUUGCCAUUCUGAGCCGGCUACAGCGGAAUCCAAAAAUUUACGCACCAGAAUCCCGCCAUGACAGCGUCCUUUUGCGCAACACAAAGAAGCGUUCGUACAAAGAGACACUCACUCAGCAGCAUGAGGUAUCGCUCCUUCUAUCCCAGCAUGCAAAAAGAUGUGGCGUCAUCAAAGAGUUGCUCCAGGACACGCGAUCCAGCAUGCUAGCCGUGGAAAUAGCCACCUUCAAGGACUCAUCAAAUGACUUAAAGAUGUUCGAUUCGUGCAUCGCAAACAUCAAACUGCACCACGAGCGGUAUCCGAACCUCCAGGUAGAAGACUUGGCACACUUGUAUUCCAUGGGUUCGUCUGGAAUCAUCUUGUCCAACGAGACAGACGAGGCAGGGUUGAGGGCGUUGAAGAAGAGAAAGCCCAAGAUGUCGAUUCUUAGCGCCUUCGGCUCCAGUAUUGAUUUGGAUGCCUUGUUCACGGGUGAGGAGCUAUUGGGGAAGUAUGUGGACUUGUCAGAGUGCCACAAGUUGUAUUUAAACCUUCCAGGACUGACAAAGGUAUCGUAUCUUGAGUACCUUGACAGCUUCAAUGUGUUUUCCGCCUCUAAUUUUCCAAAGGACCAGCAGUACAAGUCAUAUUUAGGUACCUUGGCGGCGUACCUCAGGGGAUUCUACGACAAAGCAUACCCAUUGGAGGACGUGGGUGAAAUAUUGUCCACAAUCGAAAAAGAGUUUGAGACUCAGGCUACGACUGCCACUGCCAGUCUUCAGGAACACGAGGAUGGCAGUGUAUGGUGCGAUUCUUGCAACAAGCUGUUUGCUAAAAGGUCGGUCUACGAUGGCCAUUUAUCUGGCAAAAGGCACAAAAAAGCAGCAGCGGCGCUCGCCUCCCCAUCCAUGGAAGAUAAAAGCGGUGCUCAAGAGGUUAGAAAGUUGGAGUUUGAGAUCGUCAGAUUUUCCCAGCUUCUAGAGCCAGUAAUCAUCUCUACCAAACAGAACACCACCAGAAGACGAGCCUUGACAGAUCGUGAGCGUGCGCUUGAAAUCAUGACGCUCACCGAGACUCUUGAGGAUGAUGAAUCCGACAUUGAUGUGUCGGACAAAGAUGAAGUUGAGAAUCCAAAUAAUAUGCCACUCGGUAUCGAUGGUAAGCCAAUGCCGUUCUGGCUAUACAAGCUCCAAGGGUUGUCAAAGGGUUUUACAUGUGAGAUCUGCUGCAACGAGACCUACCGCGGCAGACGAGGUUUUGCCUCACACUUCUUCGAGCCAAGACACAUUCACGGGUUGAAGUGCUUGGGUAUCGAGCCAAGUGGAGCGUUCAAAGGAAUCACUGCGGUUGAUGAAGCUGUCAAGUUAUGGGACACGCUCAAGAAGGAGAAGAGAAAGGAGGAGGCUGAGAGAGAGGGUGCCGUGGAAGUUGAGGACCAGGACGGUAAUGUUAUUGAAGAAAGAGUGUACGAGGACUUGAAGAGACAGGGGUUGUUAUAAAUGUGACAGAAUUGAGAUAAGGAUUGUUGCCUUCUCCAGGGCUGCCUUUAGGAGUACAAAUCGAUAUUGUUGUAUCAUUAAAUAGGCAUUUCAGUAUGAGACAGUGGUUGCUCACCCCUAAGUUUUAGUACCGGUAUUGAUCGUUAAUGGCACUGUUAGACGAUAAGGAGUUUCCCAAACUCGGACAUAUUAGUGCAGGCGUCUAUCUGGUAUAUAUAGCCUUGUAAUGGUAGUAUUUCUAUAAUUGCAAGGUAGAAACCGG